AUGGCCAUUGUCACGCCGCCCUCUGCGACUCGAAGAUGGCGCCACAACCCCACUUGCUGGUUGCUGCCUACUUGCUGCAGACUUGCUGUGGCUCACCGCAACAGCCUAGCUGGCCUAGCGGCAGUUGCGCUGAGCAUCCUCGAAGACAGCCAAGUCAGUGUGGAGUUCCGCGCGCGCAACCACAAGGUGACCCGGGUGCUGCGCGUCUCCUCAGACGGCACCCGGGUGUUCUUCUACAAGCCACCGCUCGGCUGGCACCUCUCCACGGAGGGGGUGGCCCCGGCCCCACCCCAGGGCGCUCCGGUGCACUCCUGGGACGCUCUGCCCCAGGCGCUCUGGGCGAAGUACGCGUGCGCGGCAAGGUUUGUGUCGUUGGUGCGGCAGAAGACGCCCAAGAUCAUCCUGUAUGCUGAGUACGCGCUCUGCAUUCGCCUGGGCAGCGGCGACCUCGAAGCUAGCUUCUACUCUGGGGCCAGGGUGGUUUGCAGCGGGAACCAUGUUCAGCUGAUGGACGUCGGCGGGCCGCAGCGCCACCUGACGCUUCCUGUCGAUCCCGAGAUGCUUCCUCCAUCGCAGUGCUCACUAUGGCAGAUCACUUGCGAGUAUCAUCGCCGCUGCCAAGCACUUGAAGCGGCUCUGGAGGCAACAGACGAGGGCUGGAACAUCUUCCCUGCUAUUUUUGGGAGUGCAUCACUGGUAGUGGCAGUGCUCAUAAGCGUGGCGGCUCUUUUUCAGGCGACCGCAGGACUGGCGACAGCAGUCCAACGUCAAGUCCCCCGGGUCCUGCUGUUUUUCUAA